AUGUCUGGAAUAUCUGGCCCACUGAUCCUUGUGUCCACAGUUACGCCCGAUAACUACGCUAGAGCAAUCAUCUCGCUGUCACGAAGAUACUCAAGCACCUCAGCCUUCCCAGGAAACAAUUAUGUGGACAUUGCAGAAUGGAUGAUUCAAGAGCGUUACCUUCUCAACUCCGUAAAGCAAGAGAAAGAUGCCAUCUCGUCCCCAUUCUGGUCGGAGAAGCCACACGACUUAGUUGUGGUAUAUAACAGCGGCGAGAGGCAGUGGGAUGUGCAACAAUAUAGCCAAGAGCAACACGAAGACUUUUCCGCUGCUACCCCUGUUCCAGCAAGCGGUUCGGGGAAAAUAGUCUUCAUUAGAGGUUUCAUAUCACCAUCGUGGGUGUCGGCCAUUGGCAGCAAGUACAACAUCGAACCGGAGUUCUUCAAACGACACAUGGAUUUUCUUUCUAUGUGCAUCGACAGGCAUUCAUACAGCUUUCCAUCGCUUGUUAGCUCCUCAAAUAACAUUAUACGACUUUGUGUAAGCACUAUUCUUCAUCGUGAUGAUUUCGGCGGACAGGAUCUGCAAUCACAGCGGUCAUAUCAACGCUCAGAACUUGGAAGUUAUAGGUUACAGCAGCUUGGAUCUAAUAGAGUCCGCUGCGGUGACUCUUUGGUGCGCGAAUACUCUACUACUGAUAGAGAAUGGGCCGUCAUUGCCUGGAUGGAUCAUGGUAGACCCUUAGAAGAAUCUCCUCCAGGACCAUGGUCAAGUCAUUUGAAAUCCAAGGCUACGGCCUUACCAAUCCUCCAGUAUCAUCCCAAGAUGGCAUUUCGAACCACUAGCAACCGUCUCGACCCAGAUGCGAAUGUCACAGCAGAGGUUCAGCAAAGCACAACCAUUCUCCCCUUGCAGUACGACUCACUGAUCGCCCUAGUCGAUUUGGCACGUCGCGCUCCUCAGGAUCCGCUUUCCAUGUGCAUCCCAUUGUUUGCACAUGCGGCUUUCUCUGAAGUUCAGUUCCUAAACCUCAUGGAAUCCAGAAUUCAGAAACAAGUAAACUCCAUAGUCGAGGGUCUCUCAACUGACGCGUUGGGUACACUUCAAUACUUCUCUAACAUCCUUAAUCGUCAUGCCCAACAGCUGAAGGACAGUACUCGCGCUCUUUUCAAAUUGACCGAGCGAAGCAGCCAAGGGCUGGAUGGAACCAGAGUGGAAAAACAAAUUGCAAAAAAUGCUGGGCCUCUGGGUCUCGACAUCGGCUCGUGCCGGCAGAUCUCAGGCACUGAAAUGGUCAAGAAUGUGAGAUCCAGUAGUUCUGAUGGUACCUUUACAUCAGAAGGGCUACUGGAAGACUAUGAACAGCUUUAUGCCCGUUGUAUGGAGUUGUCCGACUUGUGUACUCAGGGUAUCAGUCUGGCUAUGAAUAAAGCCACAAUUGAUGAAUCCCGCAGAGCGAUUGAGCAGUCUGAGAGGGUGAAGAAACUUACUCUGCUUGCGACGCUUUUCAUUCCCCUUAGCUUUAGCUCCAGCUUGUUGGGCAUGAACAUUGAUCUUCUUGGGCAAAAUUCGGUGCAGUCUUGGUGGUUUUUGGUCUUGUGCAUUCCAAUAACUCUGUUUGCUUACAUCUUCUACCUUUGGGAUUCUCAAGCCCUGAGGCGAUGCUUAGUGAGAUUCUGGAAAAGAUGGUGCCGUGCUAAGAGGAACGUGACAGCUGCAAAAAGCUGGAAGGAUCCUAGUUACAUUGUGUGA